AUCAACACUGUCAUGGCGGCGCCCUCGUGUCGUGCGUGGUUGUUGUCGUUCGUGAUAAUAUUUUGACAUUUGGAAAAACCGCAGUCAGUCAAGGUAGCGCCUUUUCCAUUGCUUAUAGUCAUUGUGUAGUUGUGUAUGGAUUACAGAGCCAACCAGCGAGCAUUUUCUCUAUCAGUGUAAGUACUUCUGCACUUUAGCCGCAAGCUAACUUCACACCACCGCUUUUAACAACUCAGUUUGAGGGAGGUGUUUGGACAUAUUGAAUUUUAGGAAAAUGAAGACAAAGAUCAUGAAGCUGAAAAACAAGCGUCUGUCCUCCGGGCUGCAAAAGAAAGCCAAACGGAGCAUCCAUGUGAAAGGCAACUGGGCAGCUGUAGAGCUCGAUCCCAGUCUCUUCUCCGAGGAGGGCAUGGAGGGCCUGGUGUGUUUCGAAGAGCUGACUAGUUACCGUCUGGUGGACUCUGACAAGGCUGCAGCAAAAGAGCUGAAACGGGAGAAGACGACAAAGAAGAAGAAAGCGAAGAAGAGAAAAGCCACCGAGGGAGAGGAGGCUGGAGAGGAGGCUGGAGAGGAGGUAGACGUGGAGACCGAAGAGGGAGAGAAAACAGCUGAACCAGAGAAGAAAAGAGCCAAGAAGAAGAAAAAUAAGAAACUGACAGCGAAGGAAUCAGUCCAACCAGGUGACACUUCUGUAGAAGUGACAGCGAAGGCUGUAGCUGCAGGUGAGGAGGGAGGAGAUGAAACAGCUAAAGAAGAAACAUCCAAAGAUACAGCCAUUAGCUCAGAACCUGAUGCCCAAUCAAAACCCACAAAGAAGAGCAACAAAAAGAAGAAAAAGAAACAGAAGAAGCAUAUAAAAAAGGUCCCAGAAGAACAGCCGGACCUGGAGUCUCCGUCAGAACUUCAGGCUCUGGAAAAAGAAAAACCCACACAAGAUAAAGUUACAAAGCAACCCAAAAAGCAGCAGAAGAAUUGGACUAAUGCAACACUUUCUGGCUCUAUUGAUAAAAACGCUGACGUGAGUGCAUGGAAGGACCUGUUCGUUCCCUCUCCUGUGCUGAAGGCACUCAGCAGUCUUGGAUUUGGUUCACCAACACCUAUUCAAGCCCUGACUUUGCCUUCAGCUAUCAGGGACCGGAUGGAUAUCCUGGGGGCAGCUGAGACAGGAAGCGGGAAGACAUUGGCUUUUGGCAUUCCCAUGAUCCACACCAUCCUGGAGUGGAGGAACGGUUCAGAAAAGCUUGUUGAGGACAGUACUGAACCAACCACACAGGUGCAGAGUUUGUAUCUACCAGCUCUAGAGGAGUCCACAAAGUCAGGAGACGCAGCUGAAUCCACAGUAGAAGAGGACGACAUGGAGGCUGGGCAAGAAGAGGACGAAUGCAUCACAGAGCAGGAUGAAGGUGACACAGACGAACAUGACAGCGAAGAUGAACAAGAUGAAGAUGAUGUGAAGCUCAGAUGUGUUCAAGUAAUUGAAAAUGCAGAUUUUGAUUUUGAUCCGACCGCUGAAUCUGAAGUCAAAUCUGCCGGUGAUCGGGGUCAGCCUCUGCUCGGACUGGUGCUCACUCCCACCAGGGAGCUGGCCGUUCAGGUCAAGCACCAUAUUGAUGCUGUUGCAAAAUUCACAGACAUCAAAACAGCGAUAGUGGUGGGUGGAAUGGCACAACAGAAACAAAGAAGGAUGCUAAAGCGAAGACCAGAGAUCAUUAUUGCCACUCCAGGACGUUUGUGGGACUUGAUCAAAGAGAGGCACCCACAUCUGCUGAACUUGAGACAGCUGAGGUGCCUGGUCAUUGAUGAAGCAGAUCGCAUGGUAGAGAGAGGCCACUUUGCAGAGCUGGAGAGUCUGCUGGAGAUGCUGAACACUGUGCACUUCAAUCCCAUGAGGCAAACAUUUGUGUUCUCUGCCACACUGACCAUGGCUCACAACCUGCCCACCCGCCUCCUGCAGAAGAAGAAGAAGAAUCUGGACCAGAGGAACAGGCUGGAAAUUCUCAUGGACAAAGUAGGGAUCAAGUCCAAACCCAAAAUCGUUGACCUGACCAGGAAGGAGGCAACUGUCGAGACCCUGACUGAGACACGAAUCCACUGUCAGAAGGAGGAGAAGGACUUCUACCUUUAUUACUUCUUGCUCCAGUAUCCUGGCCGUACCAUGGUGUUUGCCAACAGUAUAGACUGUAUCAAGAGACUGAACUCCCUGCUGGUUAUCUUGGACUAUACUCCACUGCCUCUUCAUGCCAACAUGCACCAGAAACAACGCCUCAAAAACCUGGAAAGGUUUGCCGAGAGGGAGAGUUGUGUUCUGCUGACUACUGAUGUAGCAGCAAGAGGACUGGAUAUCCCCAAUGUUGAGCAUGUUAUUCACUACCAGGUUCCCAGGACAUCUGAGACUUACGUCCACCGGAGUGGCAGAACAGCAAGAGCCACCAAAGAGGGUCUCAGUUUGUUGCUAAUAGGCCCGGACGACGUGAUGAACUUCAAAAAGAUUUACAAGACUCUUGGGAAGGACGAAGAGCUCCCCAUGUUCCCCAUAGAGACCAAAUGCAUGGAAGCAAUCAAGGAGCGGGUAAACUUGGCCAGACAGAUAGAGAAAAUUGAGUUCCACAACUGCAGAGAGAAGCACCACAACUCCUGGUUCAAACAAGCAGCAGAGGCCCUGGAUGUAGACCUGGAUGAUGAUCUUUUAAUCGGGGGAGCGAAGGACGAGGAAGACGACAGAGAGCAGCAGAAGAUGGUGAAGGGGAUGAAAAAGCAUUUGAAGCAUUUGAUCUCCCAGCCUGUAUUCAAGAAUGCGAUAAAGACCAAAUACCCCACUCAGAUGGGAAAGCUCUCCCUGGCUCACAUGCCUCUAGCAGGGAUGGAGAGUGCCCUUACCAGGGUUUCAAUAGAGGAGAAGAAAGAAAAGUUAAAGAAAGAAAAGUUAAAGAAAGGUGUUUCACCACAGAAGAAAACAAAGAAGCAGAAGAAAGAACAGCAGCAGUGACAUGUUUAUGGCAAUGUGUGUUUAAAAGUACAUCUUUGAAAAGAUUUAUGUAGUUUUUUUUACAUACAUUGAUUUCCAUUCAGUUAAAUACGUAUUGCACAAUGUGCAAAACAUGUAUUACCAGAUGUUUCUUAAUCGCUGUACACUGCAAGAUUUUAUAAAAAUCUCUUUUCAUAACUCUGAAA